GGAAGAAAACAAAAAGUGACAAGAGCACUCAUAAUCAUAAAAACUAAUUGUAAUUUUGUAGAAGCGACGUAAAAUUACGUGUUUAUAAGAUGUGUCACACUUUAUAGUUUAUGCAAAAUUACAGUAGACCGCCGUGAUUCUAACAAGAUACCAAACAUUUACGUAAAGUGAUAAAACACAAGUGGAGUUUGUCUUUAUUCAUUCACACUAGCCAAUUGCCAUUUUUCUUCUCUACUCAAUCACUUAACUCCUUCUUCAUCACUUGUUGACCAAUCUCAAAUGGAGAAAGAAAAUGGUGAGAAGUGGAAGUUUCAAGGGAACAAAGGGUUGAAUACUACAUCUGUUUCUGUUAGAGGGGUCUAUAACAUGCUUAUGGACUCUAUCAACAAUAAUGAUAACAACAAAACCUUGAUUCGUCUCUGUCGUGUAGAUCCCACAGAUAAUCCACUUUUUAGAACUACUCCAGUAGCUCAUGAAGCUGUUGCUGCUGCAGCUCAAUCUUUUAACUUCAAUUGUUACCCUCCCACUGUUGGCUUACCUGAUGCAAAAAGGGCUAUUGCAAAUUAUCUUUCUUCUGAUCUUCCAUACCAGUUAUCACCAGAAGAUGUUUUUCUCACUGUUGGCGGAACACAAGCUAUAGAUAUAAUCUUACCUGUUCUUGCACGUCCUGGGGCCAACAUUCUCCUUCCAAGACCAGGCUACCCACAAUAUGAUUCUCGUGCCGCUUGUUGUCAACUUGAAGUUCGCUACUUCGAUCUUCUUCCUCAGAAAGGUUGGGAAGUUGACCUUGAUUCCCUUGAAGCUAUGACAGAUGAUAACACUGUUGCCAUGGUCCUCAUAAAUCCUAGCAAUCCAUGUGGGAAUGUGUUCACAUAUCAACAUUUAGAAAAGGUUGCUGAGACCGCAAAGAAACUUGGAAUUUGUGUAAUUUCUGACGAAGUUUAUGCUCACGUGGCGUUUGGAAACAAUCCAUUUGUUCCCAUGGGAGUGUUUUCAUCGAUAGUUCCGGUUAUUACAAUUGGUUCCUUGUCAAAAAGAUGGUUAGUUCCUGGUUGGAGAACUGGUUGGAUAGCCACAUGUGACCCCAACAAAAUUUUCCAAAAAACUGGGAUAGUGAGAAAUAUCAUCAGCUAUUUGGAGAUCACUUCUGACCCUCUAACCUUUAUGCAGGCAGCAGUACCUCAAAUUCUUGAGAAAACAAAAGCUGAAUUCCAUUUAAAAAAUCUUAAUAUGAUGAGGGAAGCUGCAGACAUAUUUGAUGAUGUAUGUAAGGAGAUUCCUUGCUUGACAUGCCCUCACAAACCAGAAGGAGCCAUGGCUGCUAUGGUAGAGAUUAAUUUUUCUCAAGUUAAAGGCAUUAUUGAUGAUGUGGAUUUCUGUGUCAAAUUGGCCAAAGAGGAAUCUGUAAUUCUUCUUCCGGGCGUUACUGUUGGACUAAAGAAUUGGCUUCGGAUUAGUCUUGCUGUUGACCCUUCUGAUCUUGAAGAGGGCCUUAGCAGGUUAAAAGCAUUCAGCCUUCGGCAUGCAAUUAGUUAAUAGGUCUUAUGAUUUGGUAGGUACGCCCCUCGGCGUCUCUAUCUAAACCUUCAAAGUAAUAAGGUGUCUAUUUGACUCAUUUUUAAUCCGAAUGUGAGACUAAUAACUCACACUUUGAGUUCUUUCCAUCAAGUACAAGUAUGAUACAACUCUCAUAAAUAUGACCGAUGAUAUUUGCACCCUGGACCAACCAACAAGUCAAAUGCCCUGCCCAAUUGUAAGGGAUUUGGAUAUUACGUUGAGUGUCUGUUGUACUGAAUAUAAGUCGUCCGAUCUUAAAUGAAUGGUAGAGAUUGUUUAAAAUAAAGGUAUAAUGUAAACUGUUUGAUCCCCAAAUCAAUGGGUUAGAUCCA